CGAGACACAAAAAUAAAUUCCCCUUCAGGCACCAAAAGGGGAGUUCGCUUUUUCCUCUUCUCGCCUCCCUCGCCUCCCCCCCCAUCUCUUCCUUUCAUCUCAUCUCCUGCUCUUUGUUCAUCCUCCCUCAUCUCAAUUAUUCGUUCCAAAUCAUGACGCAGUCCCUGUCACUCUAUACUCCCGCUUUCUUGUUACAUCAUUUGAUAGACCCCUCCCCUGCACAGUGGACUCGCCUGGACCGAGCGCGAAUAGUCCGCACAAGAAUACCCUGAUUGUGGUUUAUUCUGGUAGCCCACUGGGCUGUUCGUACGGUGCUUAUUGAAAGCCUUUCGCGCAGACAAAGAGUGUCUCCCUCCCAAAUUCCUUCGUAAUCGCCACUGGGGUGAUCUAAAAAUCCUGCUCGCCAUCUCCACUUCAGACCUUUUGGAGCCUCCUGGGCAGUACGAUUACGACUGUAUAACAACGUCUUCUCAAAAAGAUCCUUGGUGUCUUGAAUUUGAGCCCCGCCACUUUCAGGGCUGGUCACAGUAUGGCCGAAAUUCGGGACGAGGACGAUCGGUCCAUCGAAUUAUCCUCCAUCGCCGCUAUCUAUCCAGAGAUCAAGAUCGAUUCGGCCAACCCUUUCAAGGCGACCCUUGAGCUCCCUGUCACACUCCCGUCGCCCACUCAAGUCUGCUUCCGGCAGCCGCUCGAUCUCGGACCCCCGCCGGCGCUAACGCCGCCAACCUCUGUCGAUGGCUUCAAAGCUGACUUGGGCCAGAAUACUGCCCGUGACGUUCACAUCCUCUCGCAUCUUCCCCCGCUGAGCCUGAGCAUCGAGCUGCCGGAUGGCUACCCCACCGAGAACCCCCCGAUCGUUCGGCUUACAACCCAUCCGUUAUGGCUCCCGUCAACGGUCCUUGCGAAACUGAACGACGAUUGCACUCGGUUGUGGGAGGAAUGCGGGCGGGAUAUGGUGGUCUACACCUACAUUGACCACCUUCAACAAUCGGCCGAGUCGGCCUUUGGCAUCCAGGAUACCACCGAUGGAGAAUUGAGCCUAUCACGGGACCUGAAGAUCGCUCUAUUGGAUUUCAACAGCAAGGCCGAGCGUGAGAAGUUUGAGCAAGAAACUUUCGAAUGCGGGGUAUGCCUGGAACCGAAAAAAGGUGUCACCUGUCACCGGCUACUACGCUGCUCCCACGUGUUUUGCGUCCCCUGCCUGCAAGACUUCUAUAAUACCUGCAUUGCUGAAGGUGACGUGGACAGUGUGAGGUGCUUGGCGCCGGAAUGUGAGAAAAGCCAGAGCCCGACACUUGCGCCGGGUGACGGUCAAACCCCUCGCCGCAAGAAGCGCGAUCGAACACUCGGCCCCAGUGAGCUUCUUGAAAUUCCUCUGUCCACAGAGACGGUGCAACGAUAUGUCUUCCUUAAGCGCAAGAAGAAGAUUGAAUCCGACAAAACCACGGUAUAUUGUCCACGUCAGUGGUGCCAGGGAGCAGCCCGAUCAAAGCGGCACCCCAAGCCCACCGACCCCAUGGCCGACGCAGAUGACGCCGAUGCUUCUGAAGAUGAAGAGGAACCCAAUUUCGACCCGCUAGGGGAAAAGGGAGAUCUUCCCCCCGUUGCCGAACGAGUCGCCAUCUGCGAAGAGUGUAACUAUGCCUUCUGUAGCGUCUGCCGAAAAGGCUGGCAUGGUGAACUCGUCAGGUGCAUGCCUCAGCGCAAGGUCGAGGAGCUGUCUGCCGAAGAAAAGGCAACCGAAGAAUACCUGCGCAUGUACACCUCCCAGUGCCCGACAUGCACCGUUCCUUGCCAGAAACGCAUGGGCUGCAACCACAUGCGUUGCUUCCAGUGCGAUACACACUUCUGCUAUUUAUGCUCCGCCUGGUUGUCCCCGGAUAACCCGUAUAGCCACUUUAAUCAAACUAGCAGCACAUGUUACAACCGCCUGUGGGACUUGGAGGGCGGCGACGGACUGGACCCAGAAGGUGCCGAAGCGCUGCACCGGAUUCCAGAAGCCCUGCUUGUCUUUGAUGACGAAAAUCAAGGUGGAGCUGUGCAGGAUGUCGAUCUGGAUAAUGAGACCGAAAGUGAAUGGAGCUCCUCAGACGAAGAUGAUGACCGCCCAGCGUGGGACUUUGACUUCAGUGACGACGACCAAGAUCGCCACCACCGCCCUCCUCCUCCAGCACCCGUGCCUCCUCGAGUUCCAGGCGCACCCCGCGGUCUCGGUGCAAACCAUCCGGGCCAAGAUGCCGCGGCUCGUGCCGCCAUGGAGCGUGAGGAACAAGCCCGAGCGAUGGCAGAAAUCCGUAAUCGAAACCGCAACCGACCUGCGCGACGAGCGGAGCAGCCACGCAACGGCGCCCCUCAGGAGCCACGGGGUAUGAUCGGGCUCCAGCGGUUCUUGGAGUUGGUGCAGAAUGAUCGCGAAGAUGAAUGGGAUAGUGAUGAACUCGAGGAUUUUUAAGAUGAAGAUCAUGAAAUAUGAGACAUGCAUAGGACUUGUUCAUAGGAGGAAGGGAAAGAUUUACGAUACUCACGCACAACAUCAAAACGGGCAUAUGGUGUUUUCUUAUGAAGGAUGAUUUUAAUGAUUUGGAACUUCAUAGCUUUUUCUUGUGAGAUUGCAUUUGUCUUACAUUUUACAUAGCUUGUCUAGCAUAUGGUUGUCCUUUCAAUUGGCUUUUGAUUUGAUAUCACACAAUCCAGUACUACUGCUUCUCUAGCCCAAACAAGCAGAAUAUGGG